AUGGCGGCCGCGGUGUGCGGUCCGCACUACCCCGGUAAAGCCCCCAAAGCGCCCAGAGCCCCCAAGACCCUGGAGCAGAGGCGCAAGGCCCGGGACUCUCGGCGCAGACAGGCGGCCCUGUCGUUUCUCACUAACAUCUCUCUGGACGGGCGCCCGCAGGAUGCCGCCGGAGCACUCCGCGACUCUGGGAGUUCUGAGCCCGUGUGUUCACCCGCAGCCAGCGGGGCGAACAGCACCGAGCUGUGCGCCACCAGCAGCAGCUCUGCCUCCAGUGUGUCCGGCCUCACGGCUCCACCGAGAGCCUCUCUGCUGCUGAGCCCUGCCCCCGCGGGCCCUGCGCUGACUGUGGGGGCUAACGAGGUGUUUUUAGAGUCGGAGUGUGUGCUGCCCGAGGUCUCCCUGAACCCCAUGUCCCCCGUAUCCGCUGUGUCUUUGGGACAGACGUCUCUGUCCCGGGUCAAGACCUCCGCUCUGAGCCCGACCCCCGGCUCCAGUGUGCUGGACGCGCAUAGGAGGUCAAGAAAUGUUUCUGGGUCUCCUGGACCCAAGGUGCCAAAGAAAGUCCAUUUUAUCAAGAGUAUAAGGCAGUAUGACACCAGAGGGUGUAGGAUCAUGCUGAUUUGUGCCAAGAGGUCGCUCUAUGCUGCUUUCUCAGUGCUGCCAUAUGGAGAGAGUGCUUACCUCAGUGAGACAAAAGUGGACUCUCACAGACAGAGACUCUCUUCUGUGGUCACUGUCGAUCUGAUGCCGUCGCUGGAAGGAAUGGAGACGGAUUUAACAGGAAAGACGAUCUCAUACGCUCAGUUCCUGUAUCCGACCAAUGCUCUGGUGAGACAGAGGAGCCUCCCAGAAUCCACCACCACACAAACGCCCCAGUCACGGUUCCGUGGCAACAGUCAACAGAAAGGAGUUACCCCCCGCGUUCAGAGCACUGGACCACAAGACACAAACUCUGAGGAGACAGAAUAUGACCCUAACCUGCUCAGUGACCCACAGUGGCCCUGUGGCAGACACAAGAGGGUGCUGGUCUUUGCCUCACACUUGAUGACGGUAAUCGAGUACGCCAAACCUUCAGACCUGAAGAAGAACAUGAACGAAAUCUUCAAAGAGCGCUUUCCCCACAUCAAACUCACACUUAGCAAAAUAAGGAGCCUGAAGAGGGAAAUGCGCGCCGUGAGUGAGGAGUGCGGACUGCAGCCGGUUACCAUAGCGAUGGCGUUUGUUUACUUUGAGAAGCUGGUGCUGCAGGGCAGACUGAACAAGCAGAACAGGAAGCUGGUGGCGGCGGCCUGCGUUCUGCUCGCAGCCAAGAUCAGCAGCGACUUGAGGAAACCAGAAGUCAAACAGCUCCUCGACAAGCUGGAGGAGCGUUUCCGGAUCAACAGACGGGAGCUGGUUCCUCUGGAGUUCCCGGUGCUGGUUGCCCUGGAGAUGGGACUGUACCUCCCAGAGAGUAAAGUCAUGCCCCACUACCGCAGACUGGUGCUGCAGGCAUAG